AUGUCCGCGGUCUCCACGACAACCGCGCGGGACGCCGGGCCGCGACCCGGAAGGAGACGGCUCUCGCGGGGGCGGGCCCGAGGCUCGCGGCGGACUUCCGGGUCUCGGCGGAGCGGGCGCUCACGUGGAGGCGGGGACGCUCGGCCCGCGGGUGGACCGGGAAUGAUCACCAAGACCCAGAAAGUAGACCUGGGCCCAGGGGUCCCAGAGAAGAAAAAGAAAAAAAAGAAGAUUGCAGUGGUCAAAGAACCCGAGACUCAAUACUCUGUCUUAAAUAGUGACGAUUAUUUUUCUGACAUUUCUCCUGCAAGGCCCAUAUCCCCCUCUGAUAAUGUGGGUCAGGGGCAGGUCUCCGAGAUGUCUCUGGGCAAGAAAAAGAAGAAAAAGAAGGACCACCAUACCUCUUGUAAGGAGUUUUCAGAACCUGAGCCCCUGGUAUGUGCCAGACUGACAGAGUCACCCAGUGCUAGAAACCAGGUCCUUGACCAGCUGGAAUGUCUUAGUGGAGAGAAGAAAAAGAAAAGGAAGUCCUUAUCUCUGGCUGCUUCCCAAAGCUCAAAGUUGAAGACUUCCCCUGACCCCAAACAGGGCAAGGAGGUGAGCGGAGCUGGCAAGAAAGUCAAAAAGCACAAGAAGGAGAAAAAGACACGAGAUGCCAUAGCCUUCUCUACCAAGGACCCCUGGCUGUGUGAGGCUGGCGAUGCUCUGUACGCAGCCUCAGUGGAGAAGGAGGAGGCUGAGGGGCAGGUGGCCUUGGGGCAGAAACGCAAGCAAGGCAGCACCAGAGAGCACAGCUUGAAAAAGAAGAAGAAGGCCCCCCAGGAGAGCGACACCCUCCAGGUUCACUCUAGGCACAGUAGGGCUGUAGAGACUAGCCCCGGGAGAGGAAGGAAGAAGCAGCCGGUUGAAGCUGGAGUUCUAGACUACAUCUCAGUAGGAGACAGCCUGAAAUCUCCAGGGAAGAAGAAGGGGAAGUCCAAGAAAAAGGAAGAACAGCCAGUUGGUGAGGAGCUGGCAGUGAAAACAAAGAAAAAGAAGAAGAGGAAAGAGCACAGAGUAGCAGAAGUUCCCUUGGAGGAGGAGGAGGUAGUGUCUGAUGCAGACUUGGAGGUGGUGCUGGAAAAGAAGGGCAACAUGGAUGAAACCUACAUAGACCAGGUGAGGCGAAAGGCCUUGCAAGAAGAGAUUGAUCGGGAGUCUGGUAAGACAGAAGCUUCAGAACCCAGGAAGUGGACGGGAACCCAGUUUGGUCAGUGGGAUACUGCUGGUUUUGAAAAUGAGGAACAGAAACUGAAAUUUCUCAAACUGAUGGGUGGCUUUAAGCAUCUUUCCCCUUCAUUCAACCGCCCCCCCAACAUGACUGGGAGACCCAACAUGGCCCUCAGCAAGAAGGCCGCAGACACACUACAGCAGAACUUGCAGCAGGACUACGACCGAGCCAUGAGCUGGAAAUACAGCCGUGGAGCUGGCCUUGGAUUCUCCACCACCACAAGCAAACUCUUCUAUAUCGAUAGGAACGCCUCCAAGUCUGUCAAGUUUGAUGAUUAAAUUCUAGGGUCUUGCCUCCCCGAGCAACCCAAAUUACAUCUUGUUUGAUUUUGUAGAUGAAAGCCAGUUGGAAAGUUGUCUUGAGUUAAACAAGAAGAAUAAGGAAACUCAUGAUGAGUUUUGGACUAAAUGGGUAGGAUGGCUUGUGUGUCAGGACUAGAAUAUGUGUGGCUAAAACUUCUAUUUUCUGUGUUAAGUGUUCAAUCCUUGCUUGGUGUGUAAGUAAUAGUAGCUAACAUCUGGUAGGUAUUAGCAUGUACAGAGCACAUACUGAAGGGUUUUCUUUGCAUUAGUGUAAAUAAUCAUGAUUAUGAAAUGGAUGUUAUUCUUAUCUCCAUCUUAUAGAUGUGGCAACUGAAGUUCAGAGAUGAAAGUAAUAAAACUGUCCAGGGUCACCUAGCAA